CAACUAGGAGUCUAAUAUGUAGAGAUUUAUUUCUAAUUACAUGGAUGCAACUAUGGGCUAUAAGGCCGGCCCAUGACCUGCAUUGGGCUUAAAUGUGGCCAUUGGCCUCUCGUCGAUCAGUAUAAAAAGUAGACCAGGUUCAUUGGACCACCCAUCGUAUUGUAAACCAUCGAAGCGUCGCGCAGCCAGUGCAGACGCCAUGAUAUCCAUACUCUCAUUUAUUAAAAAGUUUAAUGCCAAAAUCACCACUGCGCUACCCUUAGAAUCUUAGAUCGAACCCUUUAAAACUUCUUGGGGUGUAAAUAUCAUAAAAGCUCCCCGUCGCCAUUCCUAUAGCCACGGCUCUUCUUCCUUUUUUUUCCACAAAAGGAGCAAAUAGAGGAAUAGACCACCGCUUUCUUUUCCGGCGGCCGGAAAGUGCGUCGUUAGGCCGGUGAAGGCGUUGCUUUACGUAUAUUACUUCUCCUCCAUCUUGUUUGUUUGUUUUAUCACUUCUUUGUUCGCCUCGUGCUUCGUUAAAGCUCACGUAGAUGGCGGCGUCGAUCAUGUCGGCGAACGCAAUCGUAGCUGAGAAGGAAUUGAAGCUCCAUAUCAAUGUAUACCGAGGGUUAAGGUCCUCCGUGGUGAUUAAUCCCGUGGGUUUGGUUCGUGCUCUGCCUAGUUCUUCUUCCUCUAGCUCCGAUUGGAUUGUGAGAGCUGUUUCCAUGCCAGAUACUGCUGUGGUUAAACGAAGUAAGGUUGAAUUGUUCAAGGAACAGAGCAACUUUCUUAGAUUUCCUCUAAACGAGGAGUUGCAAACUGAGGCCCCUAACAUAAAUGAGGUUGCGACCCAAUUGAUUAAAUUUCAUGGAAGUUAUCAACAGACCAACAGGGAUGAACGUGGGUCAAAAUCAUACCAGUUUAUGCUACGAACAAAGAAUCCCUGUGGUAAAGUUCCAAACAAGCUCUACUUGGUAAUGGAUGAUCUUGCAGAUAAAUUUGGUAUUGGCACUCUCCGUCUAACCACCAGACAAACAUUUCAGUUGCAUGGAAUCCUAAAGAAGAGCCUCAAAACUGUGAUGAGAUCAAUCAUAAAAAAUAUGGGGUCUACUCUUGGUGCUUGUGGAGACCUGAACAGAAAUGUUCUUGCUCCAGCAGCUCCAUAUACAAAAAAAGAGUACUUAUUUUCUCAGGAGACAGCUGAGAAUAUCGCUUCACUUUUGGCUCCACAAUCUGGUGCUUAUUAUGAUAUCUGGGUUGAUGGUGAGAAGGUAAUGUCAGCAGAGCCUCCUGAGGUAAUUGCAGCUCGAAAUGACAAUUCCAAUGGAACUAAUUUUCCAGAUUCUCCAGAGCCCAUCUAUGGUACACAGUACUUGCCUCGAAAAUUCAAGAUAGCUGUAACUGUGCCUACAGACAACUCAGUGGACAUUCUAACCAAUGAUAUUGGUAUAGUUGUAGUUUCUGAUAGUGAUGGAGAACCGCAAGGCUUUAAUAUUUAUGUGGGUGGUGGCAUGGGAAGGACUCACAGGCUGGAGACCACUUUCCCUCGUCUGGGAGAACCCCUUGGUUAUGUACCAAAAGAAGAUAUACUAUAUGCUGUGAAGGCUAUAGUUGUUACUCAGAGAGAAAAUGGCAGAAGGGAUGACAGGAAAUACAGUAGAAUGAAGUAUUUAAUAAAUGAAUGGGGAAUUGAAAAGUUCCGGAGUGCAGUCGAGCAGUAUUAUGGAAAAAAAUUUGAAUCAUUCAGACCGUUACCCGAGUGGGAAUUUAGGAGUUACCUAGGAUGGCAUGAGCAAGGUGACGGUGCAUUAUUUUGUGGUGUUCAUGUUGAUAAUGGUCGUAUUGGAGGUAAAAUGAAGAAAGCUUUGAGAGAAGUAAUUGAGAACUAUAAUUUAAAUGUGCGUAUUACUCCCAACCAGAACUUGAUCUUAUGUGAUAUUCGUCAUUCUUGGAGACAACCAAUUACUACAGUUCUUGCUCAGGCUGGUUUACUGGAACCAAGGCAUGUUGAUCCUCUCAAUAUAACUGCAAUGGCAUGUCCGUCUCUACCUUUAUGUCCUCUAGCGAUAACAGAAGCUGAGAGAGGAAUACCUGAUAUUCUCAAACGUGCACGAGCGGUUCUUGAUAAGGUGGGUAUUCAAUACAAUGAAUCAGUGGUAAUAAGGGUGACUGGGUGCCCUAACGGUUGUGCUAGGCCUUACAUGGCUGAGCUUGGAUUUGUUGGUGAUGGUCCCAACAGCUAUCAGGUUUGGCUAGGGGGGACGCCUAACCAAACUAGUUUGGCAAGGUGCUUUCUGAAUAGGGUGAAGAUUCAAGAUCUAGAGAAGGUUUUGGAGCCGUUGUUCUACAAUUGGAGAACUAAGCGCCUACAGGGAGAAUCUUUUGGCCGGUUCACAGCUAGAAUAGGCUUUGAGAAGUUGCAAGAGAUGGUAGAUAAGUGGGACGGCUUUGUAGAUAUACCUCCAAGACAUGAUCUAAAAACUUCUGCUGACCAUCAAAAUGGAAAAGAAGAAUAAGAGAUCAAUCUCUCUUCAAUAAAGUGAGAUCAGAGAGCCCUUUUUGAGGUAUGUCCCUCGCUAAAACUGUUUAACUUCUGUUGACCGUUUGAGGUAGAGAGAUUGCACUUAACCUCUCAAUUCUAUACUCAAAUUGAAGAAAAUAAACAUUUUAGUACUUUCCAAUAAGCUGGACCUCAGCUCUGCCCCCCUUUGUUGUAUUUAAUUUUCAUUUUAGUAUUUUUGCUGUAUAUCAAACUGGAUGAGUACUUUGAGUAAGUUCCAGUUCGAUUUUGAACCAAAGUCUUCUAUUCUAAUGAACAUAAGAGCUUUAUAUUACAAGCUUUUCGAGCGAAA